CAUGGACCGCUGGGAUUCAGACCCGCACCUUGUUCUCCCCUUUCCCUCAGGCGCCCCUCCUGCGCCCAUUCAUGCUGGAGAUGAGCAGGCAGGCAGAUGCCCAAGGUCGGGUGCCCAGGUUCCUAGCAAGUCAUCUGGGCAUGCUCAGUGCCACGGAAGGGUUGGUGGGUUGUUGUGGGAAGGGAGAUUUUUGGGAGGGGGCUGGCUCCUAGCCUGGCGUCAGCUGCGGGGGCUGCCGCCACAGCCGCCGAGAGCAGGGCCGGGCCCAAAAGGGUGGUGGGGCUUUGGCCGAACCCAGACAGAAAGCAAACAUCGGACACGCUGGUGCUUCGGGGAGCAGAGGGAGCAGAGGAGCCCCGAAACCCGAGGGGCGCAGUACCUAGCUAACCACAGAGUUGGGCUCGCGCUCGCGCUUCCCCCUCCUCCCCCUUCUCCCCUACCCGCCGCGCGCACGCGCACACCUCACACACGCGCCCUCGCGCUCCUCCCCCCCUUCUCUGGCGCGCGCGCGCACACACCCCACACACGCGCUUUCGCGCUCGCUCGCUCCCGCCCCCACCCACCCACCUCCCCUCCUCCCGCCCGCCCAGCCGCUGCCCGAGCUUCUGUAGUAUGGCAUCGAGGAGAAUGGAGACCAAACCCGUGAUAACCUGUCUCAAAACCCUCCUCAUCAUCUACUCCUUCGUUUUCUGGAUUACUGGUGUUAUUCUUCUGGCAGUUGGAGUCUGGGGCAAGCUUACUUUGGGCACAUACAUUUCUCUUAUUGCAGAGAACUCCACCAAUGCCCCCUAUGUACUCAUUGGGACUGGCACCACCAUUGUGGUCUUUGGCCUAUUUGGAUGCUUUGCCACAUGUCGUGGAAGCCCAUGGAUGUUAAAACUAUAUGCCAUGUUCUUGUCCCUGGUGUUCUUGGCUGAGCUGGUGGCUGGAAUCUCAGGUUUUGUGUUUCGUCAUGAGAUCAAGGAUACCUUCCUCAGGACAUACACUGAAGCCAUGCAUAAUUACAACGGGAAUGAUGAGAGAAGCCGUGCAGUGGAUGAUGUUCAGGAGAGUCUGAGCUGCUGUGGUGUUCAGAAUUAUACUAACUGGAGUAUCAGCCCAUACUUCGCGGAACAUGGGAUCCCUCCCAGCUGCUGCAUGAAUUCCAGUGAUUGCAACCCCCAGGAUCUACGCAACAUGACUGUGGCUGCCACUAAAGUCAAUCAAAAGGGUUGUUAUGAUCUGGUGACCAGUUUUAUGGAGACGAACAUGGGAAUCAUAGCUGGAGUGGCUUUUGGAAUUGCAUUCUCCCAGCUGAUUGGUAUGCUGUUGGCCUGCUGUCUGUCCCGGUUUAUCACUGCCAAUCAAUAUGAGAUGGUGUAAUGAGAAGUCUUUCAGGGAUGCUGGGGAAAGAAGAAGCCUGUUUCCAAAUUGGAAGUUGCCACAGUCUAGGAAAAGUUUCAAGGAAUAUUAGAGCACACUACACACACUACACACACUCACACACACACACACACACACUCGUGUACACUCAUGUACACUCGCACGCCAACAAACACAGUCUCAGCUCCACUUGUCAAAUCGUCCCAUGCCUAGAGUUCCAUUCUGUGAAGUACUGCUGUGCCACAGAGAGUAGCCCAAUCAUUGUACAUCUAGUGCUGUACAACACUCCAUCUUCACAGGCUCUGCAUACGAUGGCGCUAUGGCUGUGCCCUUGGCCAUACUGUAGUCGCCUUGUAAGUUAAAGGUAAUCCAUUAACAGCGUUGAUCAGACUCUGCAUGUAGUGACUGGAGGGCAUCUCUAGCCUUCCACCGAUGAAUAAAUGUUGCACAUGUUCAUCUAAACAAGUAUAUGAAAUAUAUCUCUUGGUUUAAUCUUUGUUUUUUGUUUCACUGACUGCUUUACUAAGGACUUUUCCUCCCUCUCCUCAAACUAUCCUUAUCCUAGAAAGAAAUGCCAGUAAUUGACCAUGAAGAUACUCAGAGGGAAAUUUUUGAAAAUGUCAUGCUUGAAGGAAAUUGUUUUUCUUGAUUUUUAGAUGAUAUCUUUGAUUAUUACUCUGUUGUAUGCCUAGUAUGUAUAUAGACUGUUAAGUGAAUUUUUGCCUCUAACUUUGAACCUGUGUAGUACUGUUAUAAAUCUGUUAUUGCUCACUAUGAAGGCAAUAAUGUCACCUCUUUUUUCCCUGAUGAUAAUAUAAACUAAUACUGAUUGUGCUGUACUUUGACUUUUUUUCUUUCUAUAAUUAUAUUUCUUUCAUGCAUUGAUGUUACAGUUGUCAAGAAUAUCAUCAAAUUGAUUAAAAAUGAGUAUAAUGGGAGGAGCAAAAAAUUCAAAACCUUUAAGAAAUAUAAAUUUUUAAAUAAUGCCUCUGUCUAGCAUGCCAAGAAUGCAUUGAUAUUGUGAACAUUUGUGAUACAUGUGUUAAUAAAUGGAGCCAUUAUGGAUA